GGUGGGGAGACCAACCGAGACCAUUGCCGGGCCGUCCGACCCCACAUAUCAGCACAGGUCGCGAUACUCACUGGCUCAGUGCACAAGUCAGCCGGUCGGCCGGCACCCAAGAUAGCCACCCUGAUAGUCAUCGGGGUCUCAGCGUCCGAAUGGAGCAGGCGACCUAACCGCCGUUGGUGGUCUGGCCAACAAUGGAUCGAUGUUAUUCCCAGAGAGUUUCGAAGCUAAAUUGGGUUAAUUUUUACUGUCAAAUUUAAAACAAUGAGGGCACUGUAUCUACCUUUUAGUUCAAGCUCAUCUGAUUCGACAACUACCAGCAAGUUUGAAGCUGGCCCAUUCCUCAGCAAACUUGUGGAGGAAACGCCAACAUGUGAAGAAGAAGAAGUACUAAUACAAGUAAAUGCAUGCAAUUUGACAAUGUGGGACAAAGCACAUCUUAGUUAUAUGAAGAAACUUGGAUGCAGUGAGUUGGCUGUGGGUCACGAGUUCUCUGGAGUGGUGCACCAGGUGGGCAGGGGCGUCAGUCAGUGGCAGGCCGGGGACCCCGUCAUGGGCAUCGUGCCCAUCGACCACAACAGACCGGCGUGCGCCGAGUACGUCGUCGUCGACCAGUACGACAUUGUUGCGAAGCCCGCCUCGGUGUCUGACGCGCACGCGGCCAGCUGUCUGGAGGACGCCCUGAAGGCCUACAUCGCACUCGUCUACCAGGCACACAUCCGACCGGCAGACCUCGUGUUUUUGCCCCGCGGCGCCACUGGGUUCGGCUCGAUGGCGGUGCAGCUGGCAGCGCUGUUCGGCGCGCGGGUCAUCACCUCGGCGCACUCAGAGGAUGAGCUGGGCUACCUGGAGUCGCUGCAGCAGGACAUUGUGGUUCUGGACUGCACGGGCGGCGUGGAGGGCAACAAGCUCAGGCAGAUGGUGAUGGACGAGUCCCUGGACAUGGGAGUCGAUAUCAUCAUUGACCAGGGCAACGUCAAACAACCGGUGUGCGACUCUCCGGAGUGGGAGGCGCCGACCGCGUUCUGGACGGUCGGUCUGAGCUGCAGUGUACUGUCGGUGGGCGGCCGGCUGGUCACUCAACAGGCCGGUCUCCAGGUCGAACCUGCCGUGUCCCAGCGGCUGCUGCAGCGUUGCGCCUCGCUGAGCUUCCUGUUCGGCCAGGCGUGGCCGCUGGGCACCAAAACCCACGGCCGCUACCUGCACAUUCUGCGGGACGUGGCCGAAAAGCUGCGCGAUAACGCCAUCAGGCCGAACAUCCACCACACGGUGGCGUUUUCUGAGGUGACAAACGCCUUGGAGCAGCUGAGGCCGGACCUGGUCGGCAACAUUGUGGUAACGAUGCGGUGAGCCGGCCCGUGAACUACGUGGGAUGGGGUGGAGUGUAACAGAUGUAAUCUGACGGCGAAUGUGACAGACGCCACAGAUGUGACUGAUGGACGGAUGGCAUGUGUGAUGGGUGUGAUAGAUAUGGCGAGAAUUUUACCGAUCGUCGACCGCGCCGAAGCGAAGUCGGUUGGGGUAGAUAUUUAUCGGUCUGUGCGCUGUGCGAUGAGUUAUUCCUGAGGAGCGUAGUCACCUUUACAAUCCUCGCGUAGGGACGUAGCCGAAUGACAUGCUUUGUUGUAUUGUAUAUUGUUGGUCACCAAAAAUUGACUUUGGGUGGCGCUCUUGCGCGACACAUAACCUGUGAUUGGAUGCGGGGCAGUAGCUUAGAGCUUAGACAUUACCUACAUUUGGACUUUUGUGCCCCUGUGAUCUGGCGUCGCUUUUAUUGGCUAUAUUCUACGAAUGGGACGGUGAGAGCCACUUCUUCGUCUUGUAUUUGGAUAUUAUUAUUGCACAGUUUGUAUUAUUUUGCACUUAUUUUAGAGUCGUGUAUUAUCAUAUAAUGUAUUCAGCGGUGUUUCGCCAAAAAUAAAACACAAUCCUGUGCUGAA